AUGGAAACCUCAACCCCGGCGAAACAGGACAAGGGCAAGUCACGUGACAGCAGCGACGGCGGCUCAUCGUCGGGCUCGUCUCCCGGCUCUCCUUCUCCAUCCAAUAUCCCCAUUGAGAACUACGCUGCCAAGUUGGUCAUUCGGUUCUCCAACGGCAUUCCAGACCUGGUGAUUGAUGUCAACGAUGUGCGACAUAUCAACGUGAGCUGGGUCAAGCAGCAGAUUCGGCUGCGAGUCGGCGGACUGGUCACGUCGAAGCGACUACGGCUUAUCAAUCAGGGACGACUUCUGUCUUCUUCCACCUCAUUUGCUCGCGACGUGGUCAAGGUGAUGGACCCAGAGAAUGGUGUUGAUGGCAUGCCCUCCAUUUACCUGCAUUGCUCUGUCGGCGACACUCUGAGUGAACAGGAGCUGGCCGAAGAGGUGGAUGAACAGCCACAACGGUCUACAUUGCCCGAGCUGCGCGGUUUCGACCGACUCAGAACCGCGGGCUUUUCUGAGGAGGAAAUCUCGGACCUCCGACGACAGUUUAGAAACAUUUACGGCGGGAUCACGUCGGACAACAAUUUGGAACAGAUGCAGAACCUGGAGGAAGAGUGGAUUGACAACGGAGUGAACGCUGGAGGAGUGCCCAACGUUGACCUCAACCCUGGAGGAGGCACCUUUGCCGGCGAUCUCAUUGGAAUGCUCAUGGGACUAUUUCUGGGAAUUCUUUCUAUUUAUUUCUUGCAGGAGCAGUCGCUGUUUUCUAAGCGGCAGCAGCGAGCCAUCACCGCCGGUCUGGCCGUCAACUUUGCAUUCAACGUUCUGAGAUACUUGUACAGUUAG